UAAUUUGGUUGGAAUGGAGGUGGAGUCAACUGGAUCCGUUCUCCCUACCUGGUGAGCGCUCACGACGCAGAGGAAACUAAUUCUGUCAGGGAUAUCUAUCUUGGCACGUCCCUCUCUUCAUACUUUUGGUGCGUGAGCUGGUUACAAUUGUCCGUGAUGGAGCGCUGGCGGGGCAGAGUGGCUCUGGUGACCGGAGUCUCGGUUGGGAUCGGGGCGGCUGUAGCCGUGGAGCUGGUCCGGCUCGGUAUGAAAGUGGUGGGCUGCGACAGGGACGUGGGGAAAUUACAGAAACUGGCAGCAGAGUGUCAAAGUGCUGGCCACCCUGGUGUUUUGGUGCCUUUCAAGUGUGACUUGACCAAAGAGGAGGAGAUUCUGUCCAUGUUUGCAGCGAUCAAAGAGCAGCACAAAGGCGUGGACGUGUGCAUCAACAACGCCGGCUUGGCUCACCCAGAGCCGCUGCUAAGUGGCAAAACCAGCGGCUGGAAGAACAUGAUGGAUGUGAACGUUUUUGGAUUGAGUAUCUGCGCGCAUGAAGCAUAUCAGUCAAUGAAAGAGAGACAUGUUGACGAUGGGCACAUCAUAAACAUAAACAGUGUGGGUGGACAUCAUGUCUAUCCCGUUCCCGAUUUACAUUUCUACAUGGCGACCAAGUUCGCUGUAACCGCGCUGACUGAGGGCCUGAGGCAGGAGCUGCGUGCAGAAAACACCCAUAUCCGAGCCACAAGCCUCUCUCCUGGUUUAGUGGACACAGAAUUUGUAUCACGGCUCCACAGCAAUGAACCUGAAAAAGUAGCUGCUAUGUACAGUGAAUUUAAGCCUUUGGAA